AUGGACCGACUCUCCGAGGGCUCUCUGAUUGUCUCUAGGAGCAACGAUGUUUUGACCUUGGCUUUGGGAACCCCUGAGCAUGGUGGGAGGGUCAGAGGUGUUGGAGCUGGGGUUUCCCCAACUCAAUUCUUCAAUUUGCCGAGACAGCAGAGAGUAAAAUUUGCUGAUAAACUGAAGGAAAGUCUUAUGGCAGCAGUGAGAGAGGAAACCAAAAAUAUUGAGGCCAGGGUCAAGGAAAGUGUUAUGGAGGCAGUCAGAGCAGAGAGGGAAAUUAUGUUGAAACAAUUCAGCCAACUAAUUCCCAACUUUGAUCCCAACAUGCUCAGUAAAAUUCCAACUACACCAAUUACUCCAAUUCUUCAAAUUCCUGAAGAGCAAAGCCCAAAAAAUCCAAUGUCUGACAAAGCAAGCUACUCUAAUGUGAGAGCCCCUGAAUUGGAUGAAGACAAUCCUAUGAAUGAUGCUGAUGCUGGUGCUGAUCCUGAUGCUGCUGAAAACCGUCAAGAUCAAACGGAUCUCUCAAAGCUUGACAUGCCAGCUCCUCUGUUAGCCCCAUGCCAAUAUGUCGAGACCAAGUUGAAGCCUGCUAACAAGACAAUUACUGUUCACAUGCCUGAGGAAAUGUUUGGCACUGAUCAUGAUUCCUGGCUCUUGAGUGAAGACAUUUUACAGUUUGCUUCCAUGGUUGACAUUGGAGCCACAGUGAUUGCAGUAUACAUGAGGGGUCAUUGGGUGUUAAUAAUUGUGAGACCAGCUAAGGAGACUGUCUAUUACAUGAAUUCAUUGCCAAACCGCUCUAUUGAUGAGGACAUGAGAAAUAUAGUGAAUACACAACCAACAAAUGUAGAGUGUGGCUAUUACGUGAUGCAUUUCAUGAGAGAUAUAAUUCAUGAUCUAGGCCUAGCCUUUGAGAAGAAGUUUGACAAGAAAAAUCAACUAGUUGUGUAUACUCAAGAACAUAUUGACGAAGUCAGCUGGAAUGGGCAGAAUUCGUGA